AAAAUCAUUACCAAACGACCCUUCAGUCUGUCCUUCAAUAUUUCAAAGCCUCUCGAGUUCAAAGAGGAAUCGAUUUUGAAGACUAUAGAGUUCAGAUCUGUGCUUUUCUCUAUUCGAUGUAGGGCUUUUAGAUCUGGCUGAGUUUAAUUUGGAUUUGACUGAUUUGGAUCUAGAUCUAGGGUUCUUCUACUAGGUUGAUGGCUUCAUUCAACUGAUGGAAAGAAAUGAAACUACGCUAAUCAACUUUGGCAAUCUAGAGGCAGAGGUACAACAUAUCAACUUGAUAUAGUAGUGAAACUAUAUGUAUGUUCAGAUUGUUACCAACCUACAAAUGUAGGCAUUUUCCACAAUAUUUUCUCUUUCUUGGAACCCAUCACCAAUCAUAUUCCAGCACAGCAAAUUGUGCGCAAAUUUUAUCCAAUGGCACAGAGAAAAAGUGCAAAGAGAUUGAUUUCGAGUUGCUAUUCCAGUCAUGCACCAAAACCCACCUUGCUAAGCGCCUUUAUGCCCUUCUUAUUGUGUCAGGGAAAGUUCAAAGAUUCUUCGUUUCUACUAGAGUUGUCAAUCUUUAUGCAUUCUUAGGGAUGUUACUUAUUCUCACCGCACUUUCGAUCAGAUCCCAAAAAAGGAUGCUUAUACCUGGAAUUCAAUGUUAUCCUCCUAUGUUCGCAAUAAUCGCUUCCAUGAUGCUGUCAAUUGCUUGUACAAAAUGUUAUUGAACUCUGAAGUUAGGCCUGAUUUUUAUACUUUUCCUCCUGUGUUGAAAGCUUGUGGUAAUUUAUUUGAUGGGAAGAAGAUACAUUGCUGGGUCUUUAAAUUGGGUUUUGAAUGGGAUGUCUUUGUGGCUGCUUCUUUGGUGCAUAUGUAUUGUCGCUUUGGCUAUCUCGCUGCUGCCCAUAAAAUAUUUAGUGAUAUGCCAUUCAGAGAUGGGGGUUCUUGGAACGCUAUGAUUUCUGGGUUUUGUCAAAAUGGGAAUGUUUCAGAGGCAUUGGGUGUUUUGGAUGAGAUGAGAUUCGACGGGAUGAAGAUGGAUUGUGUCACUGUUUCAACCGUUCUUCCUGCUUGUGCACAAAUGGAUGAUAUUUUGCAUGGAAUGCUGAUUCAUUUAUAUGUCAUAAAGCAUGGGUUGGAGUUUGAUGUGUUUGUGUCCAAUGCAUUGAUUAACAUGUAUGCCAAAUUUGGAAACAUCCGGCAAGCACAGAAGGUUUUUGAUCAGAUGUUCGUUAGAGAUUUGGUGUCAUGGAACUCAAUAAUUGCUGCAUAUGAGCAGAAUGCUCAUCCUGACACUGCACUUGAGUUCUUUGGUGAGAUGCAGUCAAAUGGAAUUCAGCCUGAUGUGUUGACACUAGUGAGCUUGGCUUCCAGUGUUGCUCAGUCUGGGGAUUGCCGAAGUGGCAGGUCUGUUCAUGGUUUCGUCACGAGGAGAUGUUGGAUUUUGGAAGAUGUUGUUAUUGGAAAUGCUGUCUUGGACAUGUAUGCAAAGUUGGGUAUUAUUGAUUCAGCAUAUAGAGUUUUUGAAGAAAUUUCUUUAAAGGAUGUGGUUUCAUGGAACACGAUGAUUACAGGUUAUGGUCAAAAUGGUCUUGCAAGUGAGGCUAUUGAAGUAUUCUGCAUGAUGGAAGUGUGCGAGGAUGUAACGCCAAACCAAGGGACUUGGGUAAGCAUUUUACCAGCUUACUCUCACCUAGGAGCCUUGAAAUUGGGUAUGAGAACUCACGGGCGUAUUUUAAAAGCCAGUCUUCACUUGGAUAUCUAUGUCAGUACUUGCCUCAUUGACCUGUAUGGAAAAUGUGGGAGAUUAGACGAUGCAAUGUCCUUGUUCUAUGAAGUACCCAGGAUGAGUUCAGUUCCGUGGAACGCCAUAAUAUCGUGUCAUGGGAUUCACGGACACGGUGAGACUUCUUUGCAGCUAUUUCAAGCUAUGCAGGACGAGGGGGUGAAGCCUGAUCAUGUAACUUUUGUAUCCUUAUUGUCAGCUUGUAGCCAUUCGGGCUUAGUUGAUCAGGGUCAGUGGUGCUUUCGUGUGAUGCAGGAAGAGUAUGGAAUCAAACCUAGUUUGAAGCAUUAUGGCUGCAUGGUAGACCUGCUUGGUAGAGCUGGAUACCUAGAAAAGGCAUAUAGUUUUGUCAAGAAUAUACCUUUACGGCCUGAUGCUUCGGUUUGGGGUGCUCUUCUCGGAGCUUGUCGAAUCCAUGGAGAUGUUGAGCUGGGAAAAUUCGCUUCAGAACGCUUGUUUGAAGUUGAUUCGGAAAAUGUUGGGUACUAUGUUUUACUAUCGAAUAUAUAUGCAAAUGUCGGAAAGUGGGAAGGUGCGGACGAAGUGAGAUCAUUAGCUAGAGACCGUGGAUUGAAGAAGACACCAGGGUGGAGCUCAAUUGAACUGAACAACAGGAUUGAAGUCUUUUAUACCGGGAACCAAUCCCAUCCACAUUGUGAGGAGAUCUACAAGGAGUUGGAGAUUUUGACGGCUAAGAUUAAGACCGUUGGUUAUAUUCCGGACUGUAGCUUUGUGCUGCAGGAUGUCGAGGAGGAUGAAAAAGAGUAUAUCCUUAGGAGUCAUAGUGAGAGAUUGGCUAUCACAUAUGGAAUUAUCAGCACCCCUCCUAAGAGUCCAAUUCGGAUAUUCAAGAACUUGCGCGUUUGUGGGGAUUGCCACAAUGUGACUAAAUUCAUAUCAAAGAUUACAGAGAGGGAGAUUAUUGUGAGGGAUUCGAACCGCUUCCAUCACUUCAAGGAUGGCGUUUGUUCUUGUGGGGAUUAUUGGUGACAUGGAAUAUUGAUAUUAUCAUUCAUAAAAUUGAGAGUUUGGAUCACUAGCUUUGUCUUUCAACCAUUCAAGGUGAGAGCAUCAACCAUGAAGAGAACUGAACUCUGAUUUGUUAUGCUCAGCUUGCACAAGAACAUGUACACUUAUAUAUGAGCUACUUUCACAAAUCCUAAUCCCAUCAGUUUUGUAUCACUUUUUUUGUUACUUUUCUUUUAACCAUUCUAUUUUGAACAUCAAAUUAGAAGACUGAACUGUAAUUUGAAUCCAGUUAGCAUUGAACUUUUAUGCUUUGUUCGUUUCGGCAGAAAACAUUUUCUAACGGUAAACUUGUCCUGACUUCCAA